AUGAUUGCAUUGCAAGGCCUGGCUCACAGUCGCUUCUUGCGCAUGAACACUUCGAUGAUCGACGCCUCAAGACCCGCGGACCAGAUCUUCUUUGAGGACUUCGCCUGGGCGCUCUUCACUGUAGUUGACGCCGACAGCGGGGAGAUCGCGCUGCACAACACCUUCCACAACCGCUUCGUGCGCAUGAGCAGCGCGGGGAUGGACACAAGCGACUUCAGGGCUGCAGAUGAGCUUCCCGCAGACUCGAUGGGGGAGCGAUUCGCUGUGGUUGAUAUUGAGGGUGGGUCCAUCGCUUUGCACAGCGGCGUCCACAACCGCUUCGUCUCCUUGUCGGAUGACGGGAUGGUGGGCGCGAGUGAAGCAAAGAACGCAUCAGAGCUGCCGUCGGCCUUUGAGCGCUUCCGUGUGGUGCAGGUCAAGCCCUUCCUGGAGCCCGGUUCCGUAGUAGCCUUGUACUGCACGCGCUGGAGCCGCUUCCUGCGCAUGAACGAUCAGGCGGACAUGGAUAGCGCUCCGACGGCAGCUGCAG